CAACUUCUGUAAUUUAGUUAAGACAGCGUUGUUAUUACGUAGAUAAGUUGCGUCAGUUUACACUGUCUUGCCUAUAUUAAUUAUUUAAUUAAAAUAAAGAAUAAUGAAUAAUUUCUGUGAACUUUCUCCAAGAGUGCUGUCUAUCCAAAGUCAUGUCGUGCAUGGAUACGUUGGCAACAAGAGUGCAGUAUUUCCUUUGCAAGUCCUUGGCUUUGAAGUUGAUUCUAUAAACACCGUUCAGUUCUCAACACACACCGCAUACAAACAUAUUAAAGGCAAUGUAUUAAAAAAUGAAGAACUUGAAGAACUAAUGCAAGGUUUAAUACUAAAUGAGGUGGAUUAUUACACUCAUUUUCUAACUGGUUAUUCAAGAUCUCCAGACUCAUUAAAACAGAUAGCAGAAAUUAUAAAAAAGUUAAGGAAAAAGAAUCCAGCUCUUGUUUAUGUAUGUGAUCCAGUAAUGGGAGAUAAUGGGCAAAUGUAUGUUCCUGAAGAGAUAUUGCCUGUAUAUAGAGAUAUAGUAGUUCCAUUAGCAGACAUUUUAACACCCAAUCAAUUUGAAGCCGAACUGCUAUCUGGUUUAAAAAUUACUGAUCUGAAUGGAGCUCUAAAGGCUAUUGAAGCUCUUCAUAAUAAGGGUGUAAAGACAGUGGUAUUAUCAAGCACAGAUUUAGGAGUUGAUGAUGCUAUUAUUGCGAUUGCUAGUACUAAAGGUGGGUCAUGUUAUAAGAUAGAAAUGCUGAAGCAAGACGCCACAUUUACAGGGACGGGAGAUCUAUUUGCAUCUCUUUUCCUUGCGUGGUCACAUAAGACUAAUAAUGAUGUGAAACUGACACUUGAGAAAACUAUAGCUACCUUGCAAAGUAUUGUUUUGGAUACAUUUAAAAAAGCCAGAGCGAUACAGCCGACUGGAAAAAUACCGCCAGCACUAAUUGAACUGAGACUCAUCCAAAAUAAGUCCACCAUCGAGGAUCCUAUCAUCGAAAUUAAUGCAGUCAAAGUUAACCCUUUAUAAAUAUUUAGUCACAAAUAAUAACCUCAAGGUACAUACAAUCAUGUAUACCUUAAAACAAUAAUAUUUAUUAUUAUUAUGAUUAAAUACACAAAUUUAAUUGACUUAUUCAAAAUAUUAUGAAUUAACGCUUAUUAAAAUAUUUGGACAAGAUAUAUUGACAAGAAUGAAAUUUUUAUAAAGAUAUUCAGUAUUGAUCAUUAUCG